UUUUGGCGGUUGGGCGGUGUCCGGCGCUGGCGUUCGGCUCCUUCCGCUGCCCGCUCGCAGGAAAGAGGCGGCGGGACGAGGGGAAAGGGGUCCCGGCCUGCGAGCUGAUGCUGCUGGACCAGGGCUGACUGUUGCCAGCAGGGUGUUGCUUUAGGCAGAUUGCGCAGCACGAUGGAAAGCUUCCGAAACAUUGCCGAUGAGACCUUUCCCAGCUUCCUGGGCAGUUCACUGAAUAGCAGUGCCAGCAUCCUUGUGGAAAAUGUCACCAUCUCCUCCAACCCCGGUUUACCUGUUGCAGCUUCAACUGUUGCCAAGAACAAAGCAGGCCAUGACAGCAGGGUUUCUGAUAUCCGGGCAUCUUAUUUAGAAGAAGGGAAGCACUUACCUGCAUCCCUAUCUUCUCACAGUAGCCAGUUGGAUCCUGAGCCAAUGGGGAAGUUUGCCAUCAGUUUUCACGAUGACAUGGAAGUUGCUAAGUUGGUUAAAGAACCUCAGCCUGCAAUUGUUAGUCUGAGAGAAUCCUAUUCCGUGGCUGGAGAUCAAGACCAGAACGUCGUUGAGCAUUCGAAUCGCAGUCAAGAUACCUUAUUACCACUUGAACGAUUGGAAGAUUUACCAACUGGAAUAUGUUUUCUUCCAGACAGUAAGGAUAACAAGGUUACUCCAUCUGAACCUUCAGAAAAACUGGUAGAAACUGAAACCUCAAGUGAUCAUCUUAGCAUCAGUCUUUCAAGUUUUUUAGAAAAUGAGAAACUCUCAUCUCUUUCAAGCUUAGGAGGAGAUUCCACAGAUGAUGAUAUUGAUGAUGAAGAGUUCUUUGAUAACCAACUGGAAGCUUAUUUUGAGCAGCUGAUACCACCUGAAGUGACCAGAGGAGACACUGACAUAGGGAAGCUUUCAGAUGGCUGUGAAGCUCUGAAGCUUCCUGAAAAUGGCUUGCUUCAAGACUUCCAGGAUCCCAAUAUGUACCAGGCUGUGACAGGAGGAGACUCAGGAAAUGCUAAUGAUGAAGGUUCGCAAAAGCAAGGGAUGAUUGGGUGUCCUGUGCAAACAGAAAAACUGCCCCGACCAAGAAGACAGCUGAAUUCCAUGACCAGCAGAGAUGUGCUGGAAUCCUGCAGUGCCGCUGAGCUGUGUUUAGAUUCACUGUAUCUUCAGUGCAUCAGCAGCCAUAGAGCUGAUGGCGAGGGUGCUUUUUCCAAGCAGGAAGUAUGGUCCUCUGAGCAUCAGUCUGCUGCUUCUGAUGGUGAAGUACUACAUCCAGCAGAAGGGUUUCUGGAGCACUACACCAAUCCUAGAAUUCCUCUUAGUGCAGAUGAACCUGCAGCUGUCCCAGGUGCAACUGGGUGUGAGGUUGGCCUCUCUGAUACUUACUUGUCUCCAACUGCAGACAGCUGUCAGAAUAAAAGUUUAGCUACAACGGACUCAGGUGAUGCACCACAUAGCAUUGUUUAUCAAAAUGAAGAAGGCAAAUGGGUGACUGAUCUUGCUUACUAUACUUCGUUUGAUGGAGAACAAGAUUUAAACCUGUCUGAGGAUGAUAAAAUAAAUGAGUUCAUAACUGGAUCUGAAGCAGCAGCAGUGAUUGCACAAGACCAGGAAGAGUUUGAGAAAGCGCACAGACUUUUGCAGGCAGAGAAAGUAGACAUUCUAAAUGCAUCUGAAUUAGCAAAUUCUUCAUGGAAAUCUGCCGGCAGCUGCCUUCUGCCAAAAAUGUCUGAUGUUAGUAAAGAUGCCAGCUACUUACGUUUGUCUCUGGGGGAGUUCUUUGGUCAGAGGUCUGAAGCUCUUGGUUGUCUUGGUGGAGGCAGCGAUGUGAAACGGCCUUCUUUUGGCUACCAUAUUACAUCUCCGAAGACAAGGCAACCUGUUGCUUUGCUAAGGCAAUUUGAUGCAUCAGUAGGUGACACUACCCAAGAAACUUCACAAUUUUCUGAAGUGUUUCCAGAAGACUUGGAAGCUCAAGCAAAGGAACAUGUGAGUUCUACCAGCUGUGAAGAUGCGUGGUGUAGUGUGGAGGCUGCAGCUGGAAUACAAAAAGGCAUUAAUACAGAAACUGCUUCCAAAAGUGACACAAAGGAUGGAGUUAAUGAAGACAAGUUGGAAGGUGGCUUAUCUAAUCAUUCUGACUCUGUCCUCAGUAUUAGCACAAUUGCCUCUGCUAUUGCUAAUGCUUCUUGCAGUGCUGAUCCUUCCCAAUUGGCUGCUAUGAUGAUGACACUCUCCAAUAAAAAUAGAAAAAAGUGUUUCCUUCCUGGAAUUGUUAAAGAGAUGGAACUCACAGCUGAUCAGACAUUAUCCAGUCAUGUGGAAAACAGUACAUUUGAUAUGGAAAAAUAUCUCAAAAAAACAGAUGAGAUGGGACAUGAAAGUGAGCGUGAGAGUAUUGUAAAACUUGAGACAUCUGUCCAGAACAGUAUGUCUGAAAGCACUUCAAUGGGUAAAGUUAGAAACAAAGAAACUCUUGUAGAAGACUUUUUAAAUGAUCAUAAUGAGCAGCAACAAACAGAGAAGCAGUUUCUGGAUUAUUUUAAUGCAGAAAAUGGUACUCAGAAUAUCUCUAGCUCAUCUGGUGCUUCCAGGCAUGAAGACAGAGCUGCAAAUAGCAUUAAGUAUUCAGAGAAGUUAUCUGAUAUAUUAAAUAGUAAACAUGUGCAGUUGAUGAGUGCUACUCUUAAAUCUGAUGUGCUGGAUAUCCGAACUUCACCUAGUAGAAACAAAGCACAGACAUGUGAAACUCCUUUAGCAUCUAAAAGGGAAAUGGCACAGAGACUUCUGUUUGCUCAGGAGGCUGACAAUCUUACUAGCAGAUGUUGUAGCAGGGAAGAUGGAGGAACAGUAGAUCAAGUGAAAAAUGCUGUUCCCGAACCAUGUAAUGAUUUGGAGAGAAAUACAAGAAACAUCGUGCCACUCAGCAAUGUAAAAUCUACCAAACAACCUGGUAAAUAUGUCUCAGUAAGUCCUACAAAAGCAAAGCCUGUGCAAAAAUUGGACCCUGAUGAAGAGACGCAAAGCACAGAAGUGGAGGAGAGAGCCAAAGAGAGCAGUGCUGCUGGCAGUGGUAACCUGAAACAUGUAACUUUUGAGAAGCUCUCUCCAACUUGCCAAAAUAGUGGUGAGCAUCAAUCCAUGCUCCCUGAAUGUGACUUGCAGCCUUUAGAGGAUGAGCAGUAUAGCUUCAGGCCUUCAACUUCACCGCUGAUUCACUCUUCUCCUAGUGACACUUCUGGAACAGCAUUUUCAGGGUCUGAGGCUGAUUUUAUUAGCACAUCACAUCAUCCAAAAUCAUCUUGCAAGGAGAGUACUGUAUCUCAGUCGGUUUACUCAAGCCCAAGCAUGAGCAGAUUAACAUAUGUCUCUGAAUCUGACAGUACGCUUAAGAAUACAUCUGUAAUGUGUGAUCCAGAGACACACUGGAGUGAAAAUGCAAGUGAACUAAGUACAACAAUAAUUCGAGCCAGCCCAACUCCUUCACAGGAGCAAACGAACAAGAAUUUAGAAGACUACUUGUGCCAAAGAAACCGCAAAGGAAUACAGUUCAGUGUUGAUCAAAAAUCAGAAGAAAAUGAACUUGCGCAUCCGGAAAGAAAGCUUGAAGGACGAGGUCAAGAACUGACCAAGGAAGAUCUUCCAAAGAAUGGAAGGCAGCUUACCUCUGCUGCCUCAAAAGUAGCAGCAACUCUUAAAGAGUUAGACCCUGUUAUAUCAGCUCUUGCAAGUAAAUUCUGCGUCUUUCAGCCACUUCCUGUUAAUGUUGGUGCACAAGAAGCAUGGCAGGAUCGCACAAAUAAAGCACAGAGCCAGGGAUUGCCAUCCUUAAAUGCGUUGCCCGUAUAUCCUGGAUUAAGAACUUGUAUUCCGAUAAAUCAAAGCGCUCCUGGUGAACAGUAUAUUCCUAUUUCAAGCUUUAAAUCCCACAUCACUACCUCUGAAAGUCAAACAGUUUCUUCUGUUGCGACGUUACUUCCAGGCCAUUCCUUGGCAACAACUCAAUUUGCACAGCAGCAUCUAGGAAACAUACUAUCUACUGGAAACAAAGUUUUACCUCAGUUUCAUGGCUGCAGCUCUGCAGGUUUUAGUGUACCAUCAUCAGGGCUUCCUUACUCCAGCAUCUCAGCAGGACGUGUGGAAAAUCCAGUUCCAGCAGGAAUCCCUUUGGGUUCGAAUAUUGGUCCCGGUUCUUUGGGUACAGCUGCACUUUGUCAUCCACACUCUACUUCCUGGAGCAAGAAUACCUUAAAUAUAAGAUCGUGUACUGUACAACCCCUUGGGACUAGUAGAAAUGAGUGGGACUUUUCGACGUCACCUGGUGUUGGCCAUGUAAAAGUACCAGAAGAGCUGAAGUUCCCUAAUGCCUGCUGUGUGGGAAUUGCAUCGCAGACAGCUCUUAGCAUUUUUAAUCCAACUGAGCGGUGGCUGCAGGUCAGCAUUGGAAUACUCAGUAUAUCAGUCAAUGGGGAAAAAGUGGAUCCUGCAAAAUAUCAGUGUCUCGUGUUCAAGAACAAAACGAUUGUAGGACCCCAUUCUACUGAUGACCUGAAAAUACUUUUCUUACCUUGUCAUUCAGGGAUCUUCCAGUGUAUUCUCAGUGUUUCAUCUUGGCCACUUUCUGCAGAUGCUGAGACAGUUGUUCAGGCAGAAGCAUUGGCAAGUAGGGUAGUUCUGACAGCAGUUGCUGAAAAUCCUGUUUUAGAAGUGGAAACAGGAGAACAAGAUUAUCUGGAUUUUGGUGACUUGACUUCUGGCAGUUGGAAGGCUCUUCCGUUAAAAAUUAUCAACAAAACCCAUGCUUUUGUGCCAAUUAGACUUAUUAUUAAUGCAAAUGCAGUAGCUUGGCGUUGCUUCACGUUUUCCAAGGAACCAAUUAAUUCUUCUAAUGAGCAAUCACUCCAAAUGGAUACAGUUUCUCAGGUAGCAGCUCCAUCUGUUGUAAAUCAUGUGAUCCAUGCAAGCUAUGAUGGACAAGAUCCUGAGGUUUUAACAGUUUGGGUUCUGUUCCAUGCACCUAAGAAACAAAUUUCUUGUUCAGAUGCCUUGGGUCCAGCAGAGGAAUUCUUGGCAAGAGUUGAUGUGGAAGUGGAUAGCCCAGGACCUAGUAGUGUGAUUGAAAGUAUUCCUCUCCGAGCAAGAGCUGGAACAGCCAGGAUUCAUGCUCCAAAGGACUUACAGACAAUACAUCUGUCUGCUAGUGUGGGUUCAACAGCCAAACAACAACUGCCAUUGAAGAAUGCUGGAAACAUUGGUGUAAAUCUGAAACUUAAGAUAUCAGGACAGGACAGUUGCUUCUCUGUUGAACCUGAUGAUCUCUUCCUUCUUCCUGGAGAAGAACGAGAAGUGAUUGUGAAUUUUUCUCCAAAAAAUGUAGCGUCUACUCAAAGUGUUUUGAAAAUCCUUGUGUUGCCAUCUGGGCCUCAGUAUGAAGUGGUGAUAAAAGGUGAGAUGGAAUCAGUGGGAAAUAGACCUGUGUUUACAGCUGCUGCAGAUAUUCCACCUAUUCUCUCCAACAAGCAGUUCAUCGCCUGGGGAGGAGUAAAGCUUGGAGAAUCAGUCCAACAGAAGUUAACUUUAAGAAAUAACUCUCCAUCUGUGACUCAGCAUUUAAGACUGGUGAUAAGAGGUCAGGAUCAGGACUGUUUUCAGCUGCAAAGUAUAUUUGGAUCAGAAGAACGUUUAACUAGUAACUGGGAACUCAAAAUCCGUCCCAAAGAAGACACUAACAUAUACUUGAUGUUUACACCUACUCGAGUAACUUUCUUCUUUGCAAAGCUGGAAAUCAAACAGCUGGGAAUUAGAUCACAGCCAGGAAUUAAGUUUACUAUACCUUUAUCUGGAUACGGAGGAACCAGCAAUAUAAUUUUAGAGAGCGUUAAAAAACUGUCAGACAGCUACACGUUAACACUGGAUGGAUUAUUGCCUUCAAGAUUAAAGAGAGUUUCUUUCUGCGUGAGAAAUACAGGUUCUCGUGCUGCGUAUGUGAAAGCACUGUGCUUUGCCAACCUACAGACAAAAACAGUUGUAGACCCUCAAGUAAUGACAGUAUCUCCAGAGAAGUUCAUACUUACAGAAGGAGCACAUGAAAUGAUUACAGUAACGUGGAAUCCCAUGGAAAAGGAAAGGAACUUUCUUAAACCGAAGACAUUGUUAUCAACAAUAUGUUUCUUUUGUGGUGAUGAAAUUUCCAGGCAGCGAUACCGUAGAGCUAUGAUGUGUGAACUUGAGGUAGUAAAACCCAUAGUCCCAGAAAACAGUUUAUUGAGAAACAUUGUAUUUGAUGAAGAGUUUCAAGGGGAGCAGCUUGUGACAGAAGUGUGCGAUAUCCCACGAGGGACGAAUGAUAUCCGUCUUUUCUAUGCAAAUAUGCGAAAAAUUAUCCUCACCGUGGUUGGAUACUUUGUUGUGAAUCGGGAUGUUCUUCAGCAAUCUCCUGGAUGUCAUCUGGAAUCAAACCGUCUUACUUCCAGAUCUGAGAAUGCUGCAAGACUUAUCAAUGCAACAUUGGAUGUUCUUCCUGUUAAAGGGCCUCAGGGUCCUCCAUUACCUGUGAAAACCAAUGAUGAAGUCCAGAAUAAAGUAGAUGCUCAACAGACUUGGACUGUUAAGCCUGAACACUUGAUUUUGUUACCUCCUUCUAUUAGUGGAACAGCUGAUACUGGACAUGUACAAAUUGUCAACAAUUCUAGUAGGAUGCUGACGUUUGAGCUUUCGUGGCCAGCUCACUGCCUUACUAUAACCCCACAACAUGGAGUUAUUGAACCAGAGAGCCGUGCACUGAUUCUGGUGAGUCCUAAUCCUUCACUUGCCACAAAGCCUUCUGUAAUUCCUUGGAGUGGGCUAAUCUACAUCCACUGUGAUAAUGGACAAAAAGUUAUUAAAGUGCAGAUUCGUGAGGCGCAGGAUGUGUCUGGAACAAGCUCUCCAUCUAGAAGACGUGAUUUAUUUACUGUACAAUCUGCAAGUCCUACUGUUCACGUGGCAAAACCUCUCUCAGCACAUCCUUUAACAAAAAUGGAAAUAAAGAGCAGAUCGAUUAUUUUUCCUAGAACAAGAGCUGGUGAAUGCACAGAGAGUUACCUGGAAAUGGAGAAUAAGGGGGAUGAAAAUGUCAGGUGGAACUUAUCAUCAUUUACUCCACCCUAUGUUAAAGCCAUGGAUGGAACUGGUUCUGUUUAUAGAGCUACUUACUCUGCUUUCAGAUGUUACCAUGUUUCUGGUACACUUGAAGCUCAUGGAAAAGAGAAGGUUUCUCUAAUAUUUUUACCUAGAGAAAGUGGAGAUUAUUCUCAGUUCUGGGACCUUGAGUGUCACCCUGUUGAAAAACCUAGUUGGAAACACAAAUUAAGGUUUCAGCUUUCUGGAACAGGUACCAAAGCAGAAAAUACAGCUGCAGUUGGAAGGGCUUCUGCAGAAACCCUCAUAGAAGCUGGAAGCCCAGUUACACCUAAAAGGAAGGUUUGCUCUGAGGCUUGUACAACUAAAGCAGGACUGAAUGAGGUAACUCGUGGGGUGUAUGCACCAGAAGACCUGUACACUUUUCUUCCAACUAGAAUUGGGGAAUCACGCACGUUAAAAGUCAACUUGCGAAAUAAUUCAUUUAGAACGCAUUUGCUGAAAUUUUUGAGUCCCAAUGAGCCUUUCUACAUCAAACAUUCAAAAUACUCUCUAAGAUCCCAUCAUUACAUCAAUGUGCCAGUCCAGUUCAAGCCACAAGCAGAAGGCAUAUUUGAAGGUCUCUUGGCCGUGCACACGACCAAAUAUGGCUGUAUUAACAUUCGACUCUGUGGUAAAGCUAUUGCAAAAGAAUAGUCUGAACAGCUUACAAUUGUUUAGGACGGUUUAAGCCAUUUAAACUAUUCAAGGAUUUGCUACUACAUUUCCAUACUAACCUUUUACUUGUUUUGCCCUGUGAUGCUGCUCUGAUGGAAAGUCAUCUUUAAGAUGAAUUAUGGCGCUUGUUUUUCAAGUGCUUUUUCAUAGUAAAAACACUGAGAAAUAAUAUUCUGUGUUUUUAAAGUUAUCGUGUUCUAACUUAUGUUUCUGCACUUUUGUUGAAAAGGGAGGUUUCUAUUUUUGCAUUUAUUAGGAAGAUAUAAUGUAUUUUAUUUUCAACAUUGUAAAUACAGAAAUAAAGU